AUGAGCGAUUUCACUGAAGCGGCUCCGCCGCACGCCACCUUCGACACCGUGCUCGUUCUGGAUAUGGGGUCUCAGACCAGCCAUCUCAUUCUGCGACGUCUCAGAUCGCUUGGUGUCUACUCUGAGAUGCUUCCCUGUACUCAGAAGCUUAAAGAUCUAACUUGGAAACCCGUCGGUGUUAUUCUUAGCGGUGGUCCAUCGAGCGUGUAUGCCCCCGAUGCUGCAGGCGUGGAUCCGCUGGUGUUCGAGCUUGGCGUUCCCAUCCUGGGCGUUUGCUAUGGCAAUCAACUGAUUGCGUGGCGAGUAAGCCCAAGCAACGUGGCACCUGGCGUAAACCGCGAGUACGGUGAGACCUCGCUGGCCAUCCGCAAGGUGGGUGGCCAUGCCGAUCGGCUUUUCGAGGGCCUGGGUGACUCUUUGAACGUUGUCAUGAGCCACUUUGACAAGCUCGUUCAUCUGCCUGAAGGCUUCAAGACCAUUGCCACCACUCAGAACAGCGAGUUUGCUAGCAUUGCCCACGAGUCUUUGCCCAUCUUCGGCAUCCAAUUCCACCCUGAGAUCUCGCACACGGAGCGGGGCACAGACAUUCUCGCCAACUUUGCUCUCAAGAUCUGCGGUGCCAAGGCCGACUGGAAGAUGGACAACUUCCUCGAGAGGGAAAUCGUUCGCAUUCGGAAACUAGUUGGCGACAACGCCCAGGUAAUCGGAGCAGUAAGCGGUGGCGUCGACAGCACUGUAGCUGCCAAGCUGAUGAAGGACGCCAUCGGGGACCGAUUCCACGCAAUUCUCGUCGACACGGGUUUGAUGCGUCUCAACGAAUGCGAGCAAGUUAAGGAGACUCUGGAUAAGCAUCUGGGAAUCAACCUUACGGUAGUGGACGGAUCGGAACUGUUCCUUGGCCGCCUUGCCGGUGUUACGGAGCCUGAAGCCAAGAGGAAGAUCAUUGGAGGGACUUUCAUUGACCUCUUUGAAAUCGAGGCUCUCCGCAUAGAGAAGGAAGCAGAGAACACAGCGCGUGCCGGAAAGGUCGAAUGGUUCCUCCAGGGAACGCUAUAUGCGGAUAUUGUGGAAAGCCUGAGCUUCAAAGGAGCCGCGAGCUCUACGAUCAAGUCUCACCACAAUGCCGGAGGACUUCCUGCUCGCAUGCAAAACGGCGAGGCGCAGCUCAAGCUUCUUGAGCCGCUCCGAGAGCUGUUCAAGGACGAGGUGCGGGCGUUCGGACGUCAACUCAAGAUCCACGAAGAGCUUAUCGGGAGACACCCCUUCCCCGGCCCGGGUCUGGGCAUCAGAAUCAUCGGCGAGGUCACCCAGGAGCGCGUCGACAUCGUGCGCAAGGCUGACCACAUCUUCAUCUCGAUGAUCCGAGAGGCUGGAAUUUACGACGAGGUUACCCAAGCCUACGCCGCACUUGACACAAACAGAGCCGUCGGUGUGCAGGGUGAUGCCAGAGUCUACGGGUACAUUUGCGUUCUGCGCGCCGUGACGAGCUUGGACAUGAUGAGUGCCGAGCCGUACGAGUUCAAGUGGAGUCUCAUCAAGGCCAUCAGCAGACGCAUCGUGAACGAGGUCGAUGGCAUCGCGAGAGUGGUGUACGACACCACGGCGAAGCCUCCAGGUACCAUUGAGUUGGAGUAA